AUGGCCCUACCUGAUCCAAUCCUGCUCUUCGUCCUCAAAAGCCUGACUCACGAAGAGGUUGACGUCAAGCUCCCUCAGAAGCAGGAGCCAGCCGGACGGCAAGAUCAAUACUCUUCUUUCUCUGCCCACGUCGAUCUCCCCCCGCGUGGAGAGCACCGCGAGCACCGCGAGCACCGCUUCAGCGAAGAAGAGGUCCGUUUCAGCGAAGAGCGUCACCGCCGUCCCGGUUUCCAGCAGGAGCAAUUCGUGAAGGAAGACUUCCGACCAGGACGUACUGAGUACACCGACACUCGUAUUGAGAUCGACACUCACCAACGCCCUUACUCUUCCCCCAUUGACGUUGCUGAGCGUGAAUAUCGUGAACGUUUCCGCCCCGUCUAUCACACCACCGUAGACGCUCCUACUCGCCCUCAGUACCACCAGACCGAGGACGUCCGUGUCAAUCAGUACACCGUUGAAGAACGACCUGUUCAGACUUCUGUUCACCAGCAAGUCAAGUUCUCUGACGAGACCGUUGAGCCUGCUCGCUUCAGCCAAGCACAACAAAAGUCCAACAUGGGUUACUACGACGAGGACGGUCACUACCACUCCUUCCGCCAGGGCAUCCACAAGCUUGCCGACAAGAUUGCGCACCCUCACCACCACCACCAUGACCACGUCGACGUGGACAUCAAGGAGGACAUUCGGGUGACCGAGACCCGCCCUCGCCCGGUCCAGUCAGGUGGCUCCUAUGUGCCCAACACCGUCACCAUCCCCUGCCACCACAUCCGCCUCGGCGACUUCUUGAUGCUCCAGGGCCGCCCUUGCCAGGUCAUCCGCAUUUCGACCUCAAAUGCCACUGGCCAGUACCGAUACCUCGGUGUCGACCUGUUCACCAAGCAGUUGCACGAGGAGUCCUCCUUCGUCUCCAACCCCGCUCCCAGCGUCAUUGUUCAGACCAUGCUUGGUCCCGUCUUCAAGCAGUACCGUGUCCUGGACAUGCAGGGUGGCCACAUUGUUGCCAUGACCGAGACCGGCGAUGUCAAGCAGAGCCUGCCUGUCAUUGAUCAGUCCAACCUGUGGUCUCGCCUGUCGACUGCUUUCGAGUCGGGCCGUGGCAGCGUCCGUGUCCUUGUCCUCAACGACAGCGGCCGUGAGCUCGCCGUCGACAUGAAGGUCAUUCACGGCUCUCGCCUGUAA